ACCAGCCUCUAUAUGUUCCUACAUACUGGUCAUGUGCCUCUCAACAAGCAUCUCCACCACAUCCACAAGUCAGACAGCCUGUUCUGCGCUCAUUGUCCGGGCAUUGAAGAAACCAUGCACCAUUAUCUGAUAACCUGUUGUCACUAUCAACGAGCAUGGCACAGCCUCAUCACGGCUCUAGGACACAAAGCCACGUCUACUCAAUUCCUCCUGACUGACCUGAGUGCUAUCCCACACCUUGUCAGCUUCGUAAAUGCCACCAGUAGAUUGAGAGCCAUUCUCGGUGAAAUUCCACUUCCUCACACCCUCCUGAACUGA